CACACCCAGGACACGGUGGUGGCUUUGCAAGCCCUGGCUAAAUACGCCGCCCUGACAUACAGCAGCAAUGGGGACUUCACGGUGACGGUGACGUCCCCGACGGGCACCGUGCGGGACUUUGUGCUGGACAACAGCAACCGGCUGGUGCUGCAGCGGGUGGCUCUGCACGAGCUGCCGGAGAUGUUCGGGGUGCAAACCCGCGGGCAGGGCUGUGCCCUGGUGCAGGUGACCCUGCGUUAUAACGUGCCACCUCCUCCGAGCACGGGGAUGUUUGACCUCCACGUGGAGACGAAGCCCAAGAAGUGCACGGGGGAUGCCACCACCCGCUUCCAUCUCCUCCUGAGGGCAAGGUACACUGGGGAACGUCCUACCACCAACAUGGUUGUCAUCGAGGCCAAGCUGCCAUCUGGUUACAUCCCAGAGAAGAGCUCCAUGGUGGAGCUGAAGAGACAGAAGCUGGUGAAGAAGGUGGAGGUGCAGCCUGACCAGGUGACGAUUUACCUGGACCAGCUGACAAAGGAGGAGGAGACCUUCACCUUCACUGCCACGCAGGACUUCCCGGUGAGGAACCUCCAGCCAGCCACCGUGACACUGUACGACUACUACGAGACGGGUGACCGCACGGAUGCUGCCUACAGUGCACCUUGCAGCUCAGAAGCUGAUGGUCAGGAGCAGGAAAACUUCUAA